AUGGAUGAGCUCCAGCGGUUGCGAACCAAGUCAGCAGACACACUCGCCGCUAAGAAUAUCAAGGGAGCAUACUUUAGUUACCUCGAAGUUUUGGAUGCAGCUAUAGUCGAGUUGAGGAACAUCAAGUUCGUUGGCAAUGUUGCAAUCACGACCGGAGCAACUGUGACACUGAUGGCUCUAACCAAGGACUGUGUGGUCUCUGUCCAGGAGAUUUUGGCAAAGCAUGAUCCUGCUAUUGCUGCUGUCACUGAGCCUCCUACUACAAAUCCACCCUUCAGGAAGCAGGCAAAAACUCCAGCCUUCAGGAAACCAUCCCUCGCUAGACACUCGGAGCGGAUCAGCUCGGGGCAGGCUAGGACAGUCACUAUGCUGACAGAACAGUUACAAGCUGCUGCCGCUGGCAAAAGCAAAAACACCGUUAAUAAUUCAAAACUGGAAGCAAAUGUAGCAGGGAAAACUGAAUCAAAUACCAAUACAACUGCAAAGUCUUCGCCGUCGCAAUCACCAUCAAUAUCAUCAACAUCAUCAGCGUCAUCAUCAGCAUCGUCGUCACCAUCAUUACCAGCAUCGUCCAAUGAUGCCACAACAUCAGAUCUCGAUAUUUCACAAAGUUCAACAGAUAAACCGAUAACAAGAACAAAGAGGGAUCAGGCCACAAGCACAGAAGAUGAGAGGCCAGCAAUCUCUAUAGCAAGUGCAAUGACAUUAUCCAAUCCAUUAUUAAAACCAACACUGAUUGCAGAAACAACAAUUGAAGAAGAGACAUCGUCAGACGAAGAAAGACAUCAAAUAAUGGUAGAGAAAGCGGAGAGAACAGCAUCAUUAUCAGAAGCACACGAAGAGGUACAAAAAGUAGUCCACAAGGUAGUAGCAGGAGAAUCAGAUGUAGAACAGGUGAAAGAUGAAGAUAUAAAGUCGAGAGAAGAGACAACAACGAUGUCAAUUGCUUUGGAAGAAACAGUGAUAUUAGAUGAUGAGCCUUUCUCUCUCGACACAGCCUCUCCAAUGACCUAUUUACCUCCCCUCUGUUCUGAUGCUGGCACUAUCCUCUCCGAGUCCAAUCAUCGACUCCAAGAUAGCACAUCUUCUGUUAUUAUUGAAUCUGACCACUUCGUACUCAGUUCGACGCAAUCAUCGAAUACGCCUUCAAAACCAGCACAGAGUCGCAAAUUGAAUGAGCCGCGUAGUUCUGAAGACUUUACACCUGACGAAGAAUCUUCCGAUGAGGAUGAGGAUGAGCCCGAGUCACAACAGUCUUCGAGCCAGAAUUCGCAUAGGAAGAUGUCUUCACAAAAUAUCGCUAUUCCACAAGCGCGAAGGCGCCCCGGUGUCUGCUCCUCGGCCUCAGUUCCUGCAUCACCAAACAAUUCGCCCACAAAUAUACCCUCAACCAGUUCUGGUUCACAUGGCACCACGCGGUCACUCUCACAAACCAAUUACUCGAUAUUAAGGAACAACAGCAGUGGUCUUGCUGCAGUCAUUCCUGAAGGCUGUGUCGAUCCAAGUAAUUUGGUCGAGGCGGAAAGGAUUAAUGGCGACGAUGGGGGCGAGCUUGACCUUAAGCUGUACGGGCCAGCGGAUCAUCUCCCCAUGAUCCCUAUUUCACCUCUUCGGAUAACUCAUCGUUCGCUGGUGGAGAAGGAAAAGUCAUGGUCUUCAAUCCUUGAAGAGACGAAUAUCAAGAUUCAACAACUAUGCAAUCAAGCUCGUCAGCAACAGCAGCAGGAUGAUUCAGAUGACUGUUCAAAUGAUCUGGAAAUCCAAUCACUUCAGGAAGAUACACGCAAAUAUACCUCUCAGAUUAGCAACACCAUGGCAACCAUUGCCAAAGUGCGUGAACUUCUCUGCCGAUCUGCGGGUAUCACAUCGAUCAUGGAGUUCCCACCAUAUCUGAUCGCCUACCAAUUGACAUUAAUCGAGUCGGCCAUCUUUUUAGAAAUCCCUCCAUCAGCGCUAUUGAAGCAUACUGCUAAAUCACCACAUCCCAGCAUCACCGCCUCAACCGACUUUUUCAAUUACCUCACAAGGAUGAUUGAAUAUUCGAUUUUAUUCCCAGCAGAGGCGUCAGGCCGUGCUCAGAUUAUCAACCACUGGAUCAAAGUGGCCGUCAAGUUGCAUGAACUUGAGAACUUCCAAACACUCAAGGCGAUUCUGUGUGCAUUAGGCACGCCACCAAUCAAGCGAUUAAAGAGGACAUGGAGUUUCCUGCCCCGAAAGAGCAUCAAUAAGUUUGAGACACUGUCUGACCUAAUGAGUGAAGAUCGAAACUAUGGCAAGUACCGAGAGAUGAUGAACAGUCUUUGGGCAGGUUCUAUAGUCACAUCUCCCGAUGUCUCUUCGCCUAUUCUUUCCGACUCUGCCUCAUCCAUGUCAGGUAGUGGUCGAUUUGACAGUUUCCUCGGUAGCUGGAGCAAUUCCGAGACAAAGUCCAAGGAACGUCGUCCUAUGAUUCCCUUCCUAGGAACGUUUAUCAUGGAUAUGACAUAUCUGUUGGCUGCGGUUAAGAAGAACAGUGGUAGCAGUACAGGCUCCACUGCUAGUGCUGCUACUACAACCACUACAUCCUCCUCUUCAUUGCUGUCCAAGAUUCCAGGCUUCUCCAGUAUUCGAGAGACCAAAAAUUUGACAGUCAACACAGCGUUCAGCCCUCAAGAUGACGCUCGUAUCCAGGAUUUGCUAUUGACCUUGACAGCGUAUCAAUCUGGACCUCGUUAUUCACCCCAGCCUCCUAGGGCUUACAUUAAAGCCUCAGUCAAGACUCAGCAUCACUUCCGGGCGCCUUCAUUGAGCUCAGCCUUGCAAAUGACAACCAAGUAUCGCAGUAAUGCGGCAGCAGCAGAAAGAGAGAGACAGAUGCAGUUCUCGCUCAUGGAUGACGAUGAUGAAGAUUUCCUGGGGCUGGGGGCUACAGGUGCAGGCAGUGGAAGCGGAGGAAUCCGUUCAACACAGCAGUUGAUUUGGCAUUACUUGUUGACAAGGCCAUGGGCUCCUGAGCGGAUGGUGGAUGAACUGAGUAUGAUCCGUGAGCCAUCCAAGACCAACAACAGCAACAACAGCAAUAAUAACAGCAGCAUCAGCAUCAACAGUAACAGCAGCAGCAACAGCAACAUUAAUAUUAACAAUAAUGUGAACAAUGGUAGUAGCAGCAAUGUUAACUUGAGCGUUGGUAACAACAGCUUUAGCGGCAAUGGCCACAGCAAAGGCUGUAGUAGUGGCUCCUCGACAUACUCAGCAAGUAGUGGAGUGGGGUCGGCGCAUAACUGUAGCAGCCUUGAACCGCACUUGAACAUUGGUAGCGGCGACAACUCAAACUCUGGGCCAGCCACGCAGGAUGAAUGA